UAUGCGCAAUAGUUAUAAGCAAAAUGCCGUCGGAAGCAAAAGCUUUGUUGACAGCUCAAACAGAAAAACCGAAUCAUUACUCCUAUUUAAAAGAAUUUCGUGUCGAACAAUGCUCACAAUUUCUACAACAUAAAUGUACACAACACAGACCUUUCACAUGUUUUCAUUGGCAUUUUAUGAAUCAACGACGUCGAAGACCUGUUAGAAAAAGAGAUGGAUCCUUUAAUUAUAGUGCCGAUAAUUAUUGCACUAAAUAUGAUGAAACUACAGGUCUUUGUCCGGAUGGAGACGAGUGUCAAUUUUUACAUCGCACUGCCGGUGACACUGAACGUCGAUAUCACUUAAGAUAUUAUAAAACAUGUAUGUGUGUUCACGAUACAGAUUCACGUGGCUAUUGCGCUAAAAAUGGUUUACAUUGUGCAUUCGCACACGGCAGUCAUGAUUUACGACCACCCGUCUAUGAUUUAAAAGAAAUACAAGCAUUAGAGAAUGCCGAAGCUGAGGGUAGUUCUGCAAAUGGACCAAAUGCAUUAGAUAAAGAACGUAAUUUAAUGAAUGAAGAUCCAAAAUGGCAGGAUACGAAUUAUGUACUUGCAAAUUAUAAAACUGAGGCAUGCAAACGACCUCCUAGGUUAUGCCGUCAAGGAUAUGCGUGCCCACAAUAUCAUAAUAGUAAAGAUAAACGACGGAGUCCACGAAAAUUUAAAUAUAGAUCAACACCAUGUCCAAGUGUAAAACAUGGUGAAGAAUGGGGUGAACCAAGUGGUUGUGAUGCUGGUGAUCAAUGUGCAUAUUGUCAUACACGUACCGAACAACAAUUUCAUCCAGAAAUAUAUAAAAGCACUAAAUGUAAUGAUGUACAACAGGCUGGAUAUUGUCCACGUGGUGUAUUCUGCGCAUUUGCCCAUGUUGAGCCGGUGCUUGCAGAGGAGAUGAAUGUCGCACGAGAUGCUGCUGCCCCCUUGGAUGCUGGUACAAACUUAGCUGAUUUAUUGAAUUCUGCAUUACCACAAUCAACAAAUCAAAGUAGCCUCCAACAACAAUUACUUGGUGAUAAGAAGGACAAAAGCAGUGAUAGUUCUAACGGAAGUGGUGAGGUAUCAGAAUCAGCGUCAACAAGCAGUAUAGGUUCAAAUAGUUCACACAGUAAAGCACCUGGUGCACAAUUAAGUAAACCAUCAUCACAACAUCAAAAUAAUAUUGGUAAUAAUCAAUCAGGAUUUUCAUCAUCUGUUGGUGGUAACAAUACUGGUAACUCUGGUACGAAUAAUGUGACUGGUGGACCACACGGUUUUGGUAGCAACACAAUAGAUUAUCGAACUGAACUUAGUAAACAAAUGUUAGCAUUGGAGAGUGAUCCAACAUUAUCAAAUUUAGAGCGUGAACAACGUAAACAAGGCUUGUGUGUUACAUAUUCACAUUUGAAUAGUUCAUUGGGACAAAUACCAUAUUUUGGUGCAUCUGAUACCGUUGAAUCGGUUGUUGGUAACGCCCUAGACGAUUUACAUUUAGACGAAGCAUUAAAUUUAUCAGCUAGUUUAGAUAACGAUCUCGAUACAUCAUCACCAACAAUAUCAAAUUCAAUAUCCGUUGGUUUAGCCAGCUCCGGUUUAUUAGGUGGUUCCGCACCCGUUAACAUCCCACGUUCAAGUCGUGCAUUUUCACCAUCAACAGCAUCACCAUUACAACAUUUACAAACCAGUUUCAUUGAAACAUUCAACUCAUCGAAAAUAAGUAGUUUCUCUGGUUUAUUUGACUUCAGUACCAAUAUGUCACCGGGAUCAUCACGUAACCAUCAUCACAAUAAUAGUUUUUCAAUAAGUCCAUCACUAACAACAAAUCUCGAUACAAAUAAUCGUUUACGCGAGGAACUAGUCACAUGCCGGGCCCAAUCACAAAUAUGGGAAGAGCGUGUAACACAAGCACGUACCGCGUGCGAAGCAUGGCAACGGGAAACCGAAGAAGCUAAGCGUAAAGCAUCAAUCGCUGAAGCACAACGUGAUGAAGCUUUAACAAAAUUAAAAAGUAUACAAUUGGAACUAGAUCGCUUACAACAGACAACAUCACCAUAUAUACAAGCAUUACGUGGCGGUAACGGUAAUGUAAGUGGUGCAGCCGGCAGUGGUGGGGUAACAAAUUCAACACAAGAAUUACGUAAUCUAUCAUUAAGUGCAUUAAAAUCAUUACAAACACAAUUACGUAGUGAUUUGGAGGAAGUUGAUAAAGCAUUAUAUUUUGAAACAGCUACAAAAUGUAUGGUUUGUGAGGAACAUAAUCGUAGUGUAACAUUAGUACCAUGUAAUCAUUAUGUAUUAUGUAAUCAAUGUGCACCAUUACAAAAAGAAUGCCCUUAUUGUAAUAUGCCAAUUAGCAUAUCAAAUAAUAUGUGAAAUUAGGUUAUGUAGGUGCCCAAUUUAUUAAAUUAUUAUUUAUUAUCAUCAAUCAUCAAACAAAAAUUACUUAUCUUUAUCUCUUUACCUUUAUCUCUAUUUAUUUAUUUUUUACAUUUAUUUGGCGAUACACUUUUCUGUGUGUAUAAUGUUGACAUGUCCAAUUUUUUAUUGGAUCAAAAUUCAAUUUGGGUGCUUAGUGUGUACUGAAAAAUGAAAAGAGUCAAUGGAUUACGAGUUUAAGGAGGGGGUAUUCUGGUCUAGAAGCCUCAUUUGGAAGGCACUUUUCAAACUAGGAUUAUAAGAAAAUGAAAAAAACAUUUUUGUAGCCAUUUUUUCAUAUAUUUAUUG